AUGUUUCAUCAAUUUAGAGUAAAUCCAGAACAUCGCGAUUUCUUAAGGUUCCUGUGGUGGAAAGGCGGUAAUUGUAAUGACGUUGUUGAAGAGUAUCGCAUGACUGUUCAUUUAUUUGGAGCAGCAUCGUCUCCCGGUUGUGCUAAUUUUGCUCUGAAACAGGUAGCUUCUGACUAUGCGGCUGAGUUCGGUCCCGAUGUGGCAAGUUUCAUUAGGCGAGAUUUCUAUGUUGAUGAUGGCCUUAAGGCUGUGCCUUCUGUCCAAGAUGCCAUAAGUCUGAUAGAUAGAAGUAGAGAGAUGUGUCUUAAGGGUGGUUUACAUUUACACAAGUUCUUGUCAAAUUCCAAGGAGGUACUAAGUCAUGUACCAGUCAGUGAUAGAUCCAAUGCGUUAAAAGAUAAUGAUUUGAUGUGUGAUGAUUUGCCAGUUGAACGUGCUUUAGGUAUCCAGUGGUGCGUGGAGUCUGAUACCUUUCAGUUUCGUAUUACUCUGAAGGACAAACCUUUCUCUCGACGUGGUGUUCUGUCGACCUUGAGUUCUGUUUAUGAUCCUCUUGGUUUUCUAUCACCUGUUAUUUUGGUAGGUAAGCAAAUGCUUCAGCAAAUGUGUAAGGACCAAAUUGAUUGGGACAGUCCACUUCCUGACGAUUGUAGGCCCAAAUGGGAGAAAUGGAGAAUAGAUCUUCAUCAUUUGGAAACUUUGGGCGUGGUUAAAGGUGUGUGA